GCUGAAGCUAGCCUCAAAAUUGUGAUCCUCCUGCCCCAGCCUCCUGAGCCACUAGGAUUAUAGGUGUGUACCACUGCACCCAGCUCUCCUUAAUUCUUGAUGUCAUUUGAGAUCCUUUAUCUUGUAUUCACUUGUGUUCCUUGUCUCCCAAUUAGAACGUCAGCUUCACCAGGGCAGGCAUUUUUUAAAAAAUACUUUUGUUGUUGUUGUCAAUAGAUCUUUAUUUUAUUUAUAUGCAGUGCUAAGAUUUGAACCCAGUGCCUCACACAUCCUAGGCAAGUGCUCUACCACUGAGCUAUAGUCCCAGCCCCAGGGCAGGCAUUCUUAUCUGGUCAUUCACGACUCUGACUCAGGUCCCUGGCCACGAGUGAGUGUAUGAAAAACUCCACAGAAAUUUCUUCAAUAAGUGAAUGAAUGUUUCCUACUCUUUCAAACAGAAUCCAAAUUCCUCAGAGUGGCAUUCAAGGCCCUUUACAACCUGACUCCUUGAAGGCUUCACUCUGCCCUAAUGUCCCACCUCUCCCUCCUGCUCACUUCCCCAGCAUACUAGCCUCCCCCUCCCCCUGGCAUCUGCCAUGGAAACCCUCCUCACUCUUCCAGGCUCCACCAUAGUUGCCUCCACCUUCAGACUGCCUUAACAUCGCCCAGCUGGAGGAGAGUCCACCCCUCUCCCAACCUCUUCCAGCUCAGAUCUGCACACCUUGCUCUGUGUACCCAACUUAUCUCACUGCAAACUCCCGGAAGUCAGAAACACCAUCUCAACACCCCUUAUUGUCUUGCAAAGUAUGUAGCAAACGACUGCAGGAAGUAGGCUGGGGAUGUGGCUCAGUCGAAGGGCACUUGCCUAGCAUGCAUGAGGCCCUGGGUUCAAGUUCCAGCACUGUAAAACAAAACAAAGCCCCCAAAGCCACAAAGUAGGUACUGAAUGCAUGCAUAAGAGAUAUCUGAUAUCAUGAGACCUGGUAGGGAGUUAGAGAACAGAUAUAAUGCCUGUGUUUGUAGGACUUGGCUGUCUUUCUGACCUCCGAGAGAGGUGAGGAUGGUACUUUCAUCACACCCAUUUGACAGUUCAGGAGGACACAGAGACUCAAGGAUGAGGCCACUUUCUAAGAUUCCAGAGGCCAAUUAGCCUUGGACUCCUGCUCUAGGGAACUUGCCCCUUUGCCUCAGGGGUUCCAGAAGCCAGGAAAGCUGACCUGUAAAUCCCACUCCCAUCACCUCUUGGGAUCAGCUCUUCCUGGUUCUUAAGAAUUUUGCCACAGAGUUUAACGUAUACCACAGGUCACAAACCCUGAUGUCAAAGUGCAGGAGUGUCCUGAAAGUUAACUUUUUUGCGGGGGAGGGUUCAGGGUCCUGGAAAGUGAGGAGUGUGGGGAGAAAAAUCUCCAACCCUUGCUCCAUCUACUCCCAUUCAUCCCUCCAGAUGGACAACACCGACCCUUUAGACCACAUCCUGGGACUGUGAGAGGGAAGGCCACCCAGUUGUUUCCAGUCUUUCAGAUCCAACUAUUUUGCCAGAACCCAGGAACCCAGCUCCGGGACCAAGACUGGGACGCCCCCCAGGGGCAGUGUCCGGUGCCCAGCCUUCCCUAUUCAGCCUUCCUCACCCAGGUACAGGCAUUCUGUCCAUCCCGCGUGUGCGCGCCCCGCUGGCUCCCCUGCCGGAUCCCAGGGUCGCGGGGGCAGAUCCGUGCCCGCACGUGCGUCUGCAGCUCGGGACUCAGGCGUCCUGCCCCUUGCUCCGACCGGGGGUGGCCCACACCCCUGGCGACCCCUCACGCACUCAGCCUCAUCCCCACCCCCACCCGCGCACGCACACAUGCUGAUAACAACCCCGACCCCCGGCCGGAGCUGCAGUGUCCCCGGGCCAACCCUGACCGGUCGCUGCGUCGUGCCGUCCUCCCGGACCCUGGCCAGGGCCACCACCGCGCCGGCUCUCCUUCGACCCCGGGCUCGGCGGCCGCGACGUGCCUGCACCCCCUGGACACGACCCCCUCCUCCAAGCCCGUGGGGUGACCCAGCCCCACCAGCUUCCCGGGAUGAGGGCUCCUGGCGUGGGCGCCUGCGGAGCCCCUGGGCGCUGAGGGGCCCCGCCAGGCGCGGAGAUGGGGGUGCGCGAAUGUCCCGCCCUGCCGCUCCUGCUGUCCCUGCUGUUUCUUCCUCUGGGUCUCCCAGUCCUGGGCACCCCUGCACGCCUCAUCUGUGACAGCAGAGUCCUGGAGAGGUACAUCCUGGAGGCCAAGGAGGCCGAGAAUGUCACGAUGGGCUGUGCAGAUGGCUGCAGCCUAAGUGAGAAUAUCACUGUCCCAGACACCAAGGUUAACUUCUAUGCCUGGAGGAGAAUGGAGGUUGGGCAGCAGGCUGUAGAAGUCUGGCAAGGCCUUGCCCUGCUCUCAGAAGCCAUUCUGCGGAGCCAGGCCCUGCUGGCCAACUCCUCCCAGCCAUCAGAUACUCUUCGACUGCACGUAGACAAAGCUGUCAGUGGCCUCCGCAGCCUCACCUCCCUGCUCCGAGCGAUGGGAGUCCAGAGGGAAGCCGUCUUGCCUCCAGAUGCAGCCUCCGCUGCUCCACUCCGGACAUUCACUGUCGAUACUUUGUGCAAACUCUUCAGAAUUUACUCCAAUUUCCUCCGGGGAAAGCUGAAGCUGUAUACAGGGGAGGCCUGCAGGAGGGGGGACAGGUGACCAGGUGCCUCCACUCAGGCACAUCCACCAGCUCGCUCACCACCUCUGCCUGUGCCAUGCCUCCCCUCCACCACACCCAAUCCCCUCAAGAGGCUGUUACUUCAGUGCCAACCUGUCCCACGGACACUCCAGUGCCAGCGGUGACAUCUUAGGGGCCAGAGGAACUGUCCAGAGCUUAACUCUGAGAUCCAAGAAUGUCACAGGGGCAGCCUGAGGCCCCAGAGCAGGAAGAAUUCAGACACCAGCUUCAAACUCAGGGACAGAGCUGUGUUGGGGAGACACCUAAACUCACUUGGUGCCCUGCAGAACUGUGACAUCAAGACAAGCUUUGAAGGCCAAUACUUCUUUUCGCACCUACUAAGCAGGGACAGGAAAGACUGGAGAAUUUAGGUGGCCAGCUGUGAAUCCCCUAGGUCUCAUGGGGACUACGAUGACUGUAAGACAUUGGACAAUAGGGGUGAUGAGAGUUAUGACAAUGGAAUGGGGGCUGGCUCCUGGCUCUCAUGCGGGGGGAAGGGGGUCCUAGUUUUGUGUAUUUUUCAAUCUCACUGGCAAGAGCUGAAACCACCAACAUGGCUCUUAGACUUUUCUGUUUCCCCAGGAACCCUCUAUUACCCUGGCUCUGCUCCUAUCUUGGCAGAAGGGCGUCAGAUAUGGGAAAACAGAGUGGAGGGGGUUGGAUCCUACGUGCUGCCUCACAUGGCCUGUCUGACCUCUUGACCCCACUGGGCCUAAGGCCACAAGCUCUGCCCACGCUGGUCAAUAAGGAGGCCCCAUUCAAGGCUGUUCCUCAGUGGGCAGCUGCCCAGCCCACCAGGACAAGCCUUUAGUGAGCCCAGGCUGCCAUGGAGGAAACAAGCCAGGAUGAGAAUCCCCUUUGGGGACUAGUGACAGCUGCCAGCUCUGGCUCUUGGACCCUUACUAUUUCCCACCUUUCCUCCAUGGCCCCUUUGGGUCAUGCCACAUCCCUAAGCAUCAGCUUCCUACCUUGGCACACAAGCCUCCACCCCUGUAAACCCAGCAGCCCAAUCCUAGCCUUAGGAUUGUCGAAGUAAGGCUCUGCCCUGCAAUUCACAGAGGGGCUAGAGGUGCAAUAGGGCCACCUUCACAGACUGCUGUCUUACUGUGCACUUGCUCUGUGACAAGUGCAACUCCAAGUGGCUCCCUUAUAUAACCCCUUGCAAGACCCUGUAAGAAAGGGUCUGCGGCCACCUUCACUGACAGGUGGAGUAAAGUAACUUGCCCGAGGCCAAGAAAACAGGAAUCCCAAUCCUGCACACCCCCCCCAUCUAACAUCUUCCUGCAUCUGAUUUUCCUUCCACAUAAUCCCGACCUGCCCCCUUACUCCCCUGGGAUGGUGGUCAUGGAACACACAGCCAAGGAACCUGAACUUCACUCUUGAUCUUGCUCUGACAACGAUUUGAUUCCUUCCCAGAAGUUAAUACUUUACCUGGAAGGGACCACCCAGGCACCAGCAAAAAUGCCACAAAAGUUUACUGGGACCCCAAUGUUAGCUAUUAUCCUAGAUGUGGUGGCCAGUCUUUCUGCUUUUAAAACAAAACAUAAGGAAGUCAGUAUGCGCUCUGGCACAUAUACAAAAGAGAAUGUUUGGCAGUAUGGAGCAGGAAAA